UCCAAUCGUGGCUUUAAGUCCUUGAUUAGAAGAGUGCGAGAGCUUUUGGUCCCAACUGGCUGUGCCUAUAGGCUUGUCACCAGGAGAACAUUUCUGUUAAUUGCACUGCUCUGUCAGGAAAAACUUUGAUUUAUAGAGGGGGUUUGCUCAAAUUAUGGUUGCAGAGCGCACAUGGAUUCGGUAGAACUUUGCCUGCCAGAGUGUUUUUCCCUGCACUCCGAAGAAGAGUAGGCUCCUCUGCAGAAUGUCAAGCAAGGACCGGCAUAUUGACUCGAGUUGCCCCUCAUACAUCAAGACGGAACCCUCCAGCCCUGCCUCCCUCACAGACAGCAUCAACCACCACAGCCCCGGUGGCUCCUCUGAUGCCAGUGGUAGCUACAGCUCCACUAUGAACGGGCACCAGAACGGUCUGGACUCGCCAACACUGUAUGGUCCCACAGGCGGGCUGGGUCCCAACAGUGCUGCCUCCAAACGCUACGAGGACUGCUCAAGCACCAUCACAGAAGACUCCCAGAUCAAGUGCGAGUACAUGCUGAACUCCAUGCCCAAGAGGCUGUGCCUGGUAUGCGGAGACAUCGCAUCAGGCUACCACUAUGGCGUAGCGUCUUGUGAAGCUUGCAAGGCCUUCUUCAAGCGGACGAUUCAAGGCCUUGCCACAGGAAACAUUGAGUACAGCUGCCCUGCAACCAAUGAAUGUGAAAUCACAAAGCGCAGACGUAAGUCUUGUCAGGCCUGUCGCUUCAUGAAGUGUCUAACAGUGGGAAUGAUGAGGGAAGGGGUACGCCUAGACAGAGUACGUGGAGGACGGCAGAAAUAUAAACGCCGGAUAGAUGCUGAGAACAGCCCUUAUUUGAACCCACAGCUGGCCCUCCCUGCCAAAAAGCCAUUCCCCUUUGGCUGCCUUGCAGAUAACAAGAUUGUCUCCCAUUUGCUGGUGGCUGAGCCAGAGAAGAUCUAUGCCAUGCCAGACCCCACAGUCCCUGACAGUGACAUUAAAGCUCUUACCACACUCUGUGACCUGGCAGACAGAGAGCUGGUUGUCAACAUCGGAUGGGCAAAACAUAUUCCAGGCUUCUCCACUCUGUCCUUGGCAGACCAGAUGAGCCUUCUGCAGAGCGCCUGGAUGGAGAUUCUCAUUCUGCGUGUGGUGUACCGCUCCCUGUCCUUUGAGGACAAGCUGGUCUAUGCUGAAGACUACAUCAUGGAUGAAGACCAGUCCAAACUGGCCGGCCUUCUCGACCUCAACAAUGCCAUCCUGCAGCUGGUAAAGAAAUACAAGAGCAUGAAGCUGGAGAAGGAAGAGUUUGUCACCCUCAAAGCUAUAGCGCUUGCUAAUUCAGACUCAAUGCACAUAGAAGAUGUGGAGGCUGUCCAGAAGCUCCAGGAUGUCUUGCAUGAAGCCCUUCAGGAUUAUGAGGCCGGUCAACACGCUGAAGAUCCUCGCCGGGCUGGCAAGCUCCUUAUGACUCUUCCCCUCCUACGUCAGACCUCCACCAAGGCAGUGCAGCAUUUCUACAGCAUCAAACAGGACGGCAAGGUGCCCAUGCACAAACUCUUUCUGGAACUGCUGGAGGCCAAGGUCUGACUCUUUGACCUCGAUGGCUCUCCCCCGCUUUCCACGCACAGGAGUGCGGGCUAGGCCUGUGCCGCAGCUCAAGAAAAGGGGAAACCGACAGAGACGAGGAAAGAGCACGAGGGACCUUGUGUUUUAAGUUUAAAGAAUAAUAAUAAUGAUGAUAUAAACAACAAUAAUACUUACUAUAAUAAUAAUUCAUAAUAAUUACUCAAAAAGACUGCACUGAUUAUUUAGCAGUAAGACUGUGAACCAGCUUUCAACUCUUUCUUCUGACUUUCUAAUGCAGUUUUGUGCUGUCAAACCUUUUUUUCAUAAAGAAUUCUCUAACUGAAGAGAGGAGGAAGCCAAGCCCUGCCAAAGGAAGGAAAUCCAUUCAAUGGAUGCCAGUGAACUUCAGAUUAUGUGUAAUGUCCCCUGUAACAAAAGGAAUCAAAGUGAACAAUUUCUCCUUGCAGUACAGUCCAACAUGGUGCAUUGACUGAAUACAGUAUUAGGUUUCAUAGGAGCAGUCUGUUAAUUAGGUGGCUGAGAGAAGGUUUGGAGCUACUGCUUCUUAUCAUUGCAUUUUCCAUCUAGAUCAGUUACAGCCAUUUGAUUCCUUAAUUGUUUUUGUUAAAGUCUUCCAAAUGAUUCUUAGUUUUUUGUGAUUUUAUUGUAACCUUUUCAGGGAAUAGUUGAAGCUUUAGUCACUCAUGCAAUAUGAAAACACAACGUACUGCAUUUUUUAUAGAUAAUUUGUUAUUGAUUUAUUUUUUUGUUGUUGUUGUUUCUAUUGGUGUGGAUUAAGCAAUGAGGAUCGAUAAUGAAGGUCAAUAUAUAUAAAUAUAUAAUAAAACUUUUAAGAAAGAUUUUUUAAUGAUAUUUUGUUGAUAAUUAAUUUAGAUUUUUUUGUACCAGCUUUACCACUUUCAGCCAUUUUAUUGUGUGAACUUUUACCUUCUUCAAGCAAUAGUUAUUAAAAAAGGGAAGGUGCAUAUUAACAUGUAUGCAAUUUAUGUUGUGUGCCAGUCUUAGCUGAGGAAGCUAUUUUUUCCCCUUAAUACAUGCUCAAGAUCUUCUUUCUGUGAUUGCAGUCCACUGUUAGAUUACACCUAUAGCAUACUGAUGAUAUCCAAUGACUCUAAAGUCGAAUCUAACUGAUGACAAUGGAUACUUACCAAUAAUAUAUCUGACAGACUACUUCUUGGCUGUCUUCAAAAAACAUAACAUGAAUACCAUUAAUGGCAAUAAAGUGAAUGACAGAUUCAAAGAAAUGACAAGGCUGCUAACCAAAUAUACUACACUGAAUUUUUCAAAGCUGUCAUGAUCCUAGUUUUUUUUCUUAUUUAAAACUAGGAACCAUUCAGGAUCAAGACUGUUACAGGGUGUAAUCUAAUAAAAAAAAAUAGGCAGAUUCUAUCCCCAAAACUAAACUAAAAACAGUUGAAAAGCUCAAUAAUCAUUAAAGAAUAAUCUCACCUACCGGGAUCAAUAUAUCAGUAUUAGUAAAGGUUCCCUUAACUUUCAAACCGUUCUGAAUAAUUGUGCACAUAUUGUAAAUUAAAGAUUAUAAACCUUACCUAAGAACAUUUAUUUCGACAAAAAAAAAAGAAAUAUUGUAGUUCAGCUUUUCAAUGUUCCACGUUUGCUGUGCUUUUCUAAACCUCAUUUUUCUUUUUUUUGUCCCUCUUUUUCUUUGCAUUCAAAGGUUGUCUUGUUCUUCUUGUGGUGUUUAAGAGUUCUCGUGUUGUAUGCUUUUAUAGACACAGGGUAGAAUUAGAGACAAUAUUGGAUGUACCAUUCCUCAGGAGACUUCAGUAGUGUACUAUACCUUACUGGUUUUAAGGCUCUUCCUAGUAACUUCUAGAUCAAACAGAUCCAAAAUAAAUAACUCAAUCUAUUGACAUAUAAAUCAAUAAUAAUUAUUUAAAAGACAAAAAAUGAAAAAGGGAUACAUUUGUGUAACAGUUUCUUGUAGAAUAAUAAUGUAUAUCUUAGGUUAUUAAACAAAUGAAGAAUUUGAGUACUUCAGAACAUUAGCUAAUGUAAACUUUUUAAAAGAAAUGCUGUAAAUACUGCCUUCCAUUCUGAUCAUCUCAGUUGUUGUUAUAUUAACUUUGCUCUGUUGUUGCAAAAAAAUGAAAAAAAUAAAAGUAAAAAAUGGUGUAAGCACCAGUUUCCAAACCUACCGCUUUAACUUUGUGUGAAUUAAAAACAAAAAGAUGUUGAAGUUUUUUUUCUUUUUUUUUUUAGUCUUGUUCUAUAAAUACUGUGUAUCUAUCAUUAGCUAUACAAAACUAUAUUAUAGAUUGUGGUUUCUCUGUAGAGAGGUGACCGUACUGUGAUUCUAGACUUAAUAAUCAUUCAUAGAACUCAUGAGAUGGUCAAUAACUUGAAGUUUAUAGCUGUGAUAAACUCAGACGUUGGCACUUCCAUUUAAAUACACACACAACUCCUGGGAGUAAGGUGCUGUUUUCCUUUUGGGAUUUGUGUUUUGUUUCAUUAUACCACUGAUAUAUACAGGACAUAAAUGGUAUGAAAGAUUCUAGAAACAGUCUCUUACUGGGAAAUUAAGCUGAACUGGUGUCAGUUAAAGGCAGUUAAUGAGGUUACUUUCAGGCUUCCAGAGGUAUUUAAUCAAACUUGAUUACUUUGUGUGUCCCAAAAACAGUAGUAUUGUAUCCUUGAGGUGAUACAUAUGAUUAAACUUCAACUAUUGCAUGUUGAUGUCAGUUAUAGUUUACCACUAUUAGGUAUAAGAAAUGUUCAUAAGCAAAUCAGAUUAAAAAUUAAAUAACAGCUGGCUUCCAGCACUAUCAGUUUCAGCUUAAAUCCUACUGAGAAUGUUUUGCUGUGUCUUUAAUACCUUUCAAGGAUAUUUAAUAUAGGAAAAGUGUGUUAUUUAGCCAUACCAACUUUAAUUAUUUUUUAUUUUUUUUCUUAUUUAAAGCAAUAUGACUGUGCAACACACAGAAGUUGCACUUGUGUUUGAAUUAGAUCAAAAUGCUGUAUUUAUUGGACUAUUUUGCAUUUAAAUGAUAGGAAUAAAAAUAUAAAAAUGUACAAACAACUGCUAUUUUUCUUAUAGAAGAGAUUAUGGGUGUCGGUGGUUGUAUUUAAAUUAUUUAUGCAUCAGUGUAUACCUGCCUAUUAAUUAAAUGAUUUAUGGCAGUCUUACAUGCAAAAUUGAAAAAUGUUUUAAAAGCUUGAAAUAAAAAAAAAUCCAGGAGUUGCUGAAACAACCUGUAGUGAGAACCAUGUCUGUAGUUCUAGAUGUGCUUCACAUCUGUAAAACGAUUAACUGUAUAUUUUUGUGAUGUGUAUCAUAAAGUGUGCUCCAACAAUAUGUCCAUUUGUGUAAAUGUAUUUAUUUUACAUUGUAUAUAUUGUUCAAUGCAAAAAGAGAGACCUAUGAUUCUGUAACUAUGAUCAGUUCAGAUGUGUAACUCCAAUUAUGCCUUUCAGGACGAUGGUAGAGCAAUAUUAAACAAGCUUCCAGUUUUGACGAA